AUGUCGAUUGUAGGAACGAACGUUUUGGUGCUGAUUUAUAUGGCUAUGCUAGCUUCAGCAGCAGUUAUCAGUCCACUAGUUUCUAGUGCUCCGCCGCCCCCCGCCGCACCGGUACUGAAGCGUACUGAAUGGAUACCUGUGGAUGCGCCUAUGCCACAGGGAAAUGGCAGCUACGAGAAAGGCCACCUGCCAUAUAAUUCGCCCCCUCCCUGGGCCAAUGUGAUGAACAGCAAAUGGCUGCGCUUUGCCGUCAAGAACAUAAUUGGUACCAAUGGAAAGCCCAACGUGUUGAACUUCCGAUGGAAGAAGGUUUCCAAGGGUAAGCUCCCCUUGACUAAGGAACUGUGCAAUGAUGCAUAUAGUAUAUUGGCAACUGCUCUAUGUGACAAACAGGAUGCAAAGGCGACUAGAGGGGUAACAAUCAAACUCGCAGACGACCAGAGAAUUGAGAUUGGCGUUGAUCCAGAUGAGAUGAAGAACUUCAAAGAGAAGGACAAGAAGUACACGAGUGUUGGAAGCUCAUUGAUGCCAUGA